AUGGAGCGCUCCCUGCACCGCGUCUCCCUCGGGAGCCGGCGUGCCCAUCCGGACCUGUCCUUCUACCUCACCACCUUCGGUCAGCUGAAGCUGUCGAUUGAUGCCCAGGACCGGGUUCUGCUGCUCCACAUCAUAGAAGCCAAAGGCCUGAUGAGCAAACAGCCUGGCCCCUGUGAUCCCUACGUGAAGGUCUCUUUGAUCCCCGAAGAUAAUCAUCGACUCUGCCGCCAGAAGACGCAGACCAUCCCAGACUGCAGAGAGCCAGUCUUCCAUGAGCAUUUCUUCUUUCCUGUCCGCAAGGAAGAUGAACAGAAGCGCCUUCUGGUCACUGUGUGGAACAGGGCAGGUGACUCCAGACGGAGUGGACUCAUCGGCUGCAUGAGCUUUGGGGUGAAGUCCCUCCUGACUCCGGACAAGGAGAUCAGCGGUUGGUACCACCUUCUGGGGGAAGACCUGGGCCGGACCAAGCACCUGAAGGUGGCCAGGCGGCGACUGCGGCCCCUGAGAGAGCCGCUGCAGAGAAUUCCAGGAGGUGGGGACACUGAGAGCGGGGAGAACCUCAAGAUCACCAUCCAGAGGGGAAAGGAUGGCUUCGGUUUCACCAUCUGCUGUGACUCUCCGGUUCGAGUCCAGGCUGUGGAUUCUGGAGGUCCGGCAGAGCGAGCAGGGCUGCAGCAGCUGGACACCGUGCUGCAGCUGAACGAGAGGCCUGUGGAGCACUGGAAAUGCGUGGAGCUGGCUCACGAGAUCCGGAGCUGCCCCAGUGAGAUCAUCCUGCUAGUGUGGCGCAUGGUCCCCCAGGUCAAGCCAGGGCCAGAUGGCGGGGUCCUGCGGCGGGCCUCCUGCAAGUCAACGCAUGACCUCCAGUCACCCCCCAAUAAGCGGGAGAAGAACUGCACCCACGGGGCCCAGGCGCGGCCUGAGCAGCGCCACAGCUGUCACCUGGUGUGUGACAGCUCCGAUGGGCUGCUGCUUGGUGGCUGGGAGCGCUACACAGAGGUGGCCAAGCGCGGGGGCCAGCACACCCUGCCCACGCUGUCCCGUGCCACUGCCUCCACGGACCCCAACUACAUCAUCCUGGCCCCACUGAACCCUGGGAGCCAGCUGCUGCGGCCUCUGUACCAGGAGGAUGUCAUCCCCGAAGAAUCAGGCAGUCCCAGUAAAGGGAAGUCCUACACAGGCCUGGGGAAGAAGUCCCGGCUGAUGAAGACGGUGCAGACCAUGAAGGGCCACGGGAACUACCAGAACUGCCCAGUCAUGAGGCCGCACACCCCACACUCAAGCUAUGGCACCUACGUCACCCUGGCCCCCAAGGUCCUGGUGUUCCCAGUCUUUGUUCAGCCUUUAGAUCUCUGUAACCCUGCCCGGACGCUCCUGUUGUCUGAAGAGCUGCUGCUGUACGAGGGGAGGAACAAGGCUGUCGAGGUGACGCUAUUUGCCUACUCGGAUCUGCUGCUCUUCACCAAGGAAGACGAGCCGGGCCGCUGCAACGUCCUGAGGAACCCCCUCUACCUCCAGAGCGUGAAGCUGCAGGAAGGUUCUUCAGAAGACCUGAAAUUCUGUGUGCUGUAUCUAGCGGAGAAGGCAGAGUGCUUAUUCACUCUGGAAGCGCACUCACAGGAGCAGAAGAAGAGGGUGUGCUGGUGCUUGUCGGAGAACAUCACCAAGCAGCAACAGCUGGCGGCCUCGCCCCCGGAGAGCAAGAAACUCCACCCUUAUGGCUCUCUCCAGCAGGAGAUGGGGCCGGCCAACUCAACCAAUGCUACCCAGGAUAGAAGCUUUACCUCAUCAGGACAGACUCUGAUUGGCUGAGCAAACCCAAGGGCAGGACUCUGCUUCUGGCAACUUAACCCUUUCUUGGGCAUCCCCUACCACACAGUAACGUCACCUCAACUGGACCCAAAAUGGAGGACCAAGAUGGUGGGCCUAGGGUCAUCUGAAGGGAGUGGUCCCACAAGUGUGUGUGGAUCGGCAUCAGAAGGUCCCAAAUGGAGAAGACUCAAACUUUUUCCCCACAAGGAAGAAGGAGAAGACAUAGCUUCUGGGCUCCCUGUGGUUCCAAUGCCUGCCUUGGGGACAACAGGAGAGAGGUUGGCAGAGGCCUGCCCUGAUGGAGAACAAAGUCAUCGCCCUCCACUGCCGGAAGAUAUCUCCACUCUUUCACUUAGUUUUCAUCUGUACUCAUUCAUUCAUUUCUUCAUUCAAUGGAUGUUUUGGGAACAUCUACUUUGUCCAGGCUCUGGGCUAAGAGCUGGGGAUUCUGUGGAGAACAAGGUGGACACGGUCUCUGCUUUAAGAUUUUAGUCCUGGUAGGGGAGUGGGCAUUAUAGACCAACACCAACACAUACACACGUGCACACACGUGAUUACAAACUGAUCACCUAUGAAGAAAAAGAUUCCUAUAGGAGAAAAUUAUUUAGCUUGCUGUUGCGGGGUUGGAGGGGGAAUGGCAGGGAAUCUAUCAUACCUUUUAAGUUGAGACCUGCAGGCCAGAAAGGAGUUAGCCAGUCAAAGACUUUGGAAGGAGUGUUCCAGCAAAUGGAACAGCCUGUGGAGAGUAUCUGAGAUGGGAAGGAGCUUGGCGUGCUGGGGCCAACAGAGGCCAGGUCAGUGUGGCUGGAGCUGAGUGACGAGGCAGACCAGGUGGGUGAGGGCCAGAGCACGCAGGGCCAUGGUGGUUAAUGUUUUACUGAUUUCAUUCUCAAUACAGUGGGAAGCCACUGAAGGCUUUGAGAAAGGGAGUGAGUCUCAGGUACAUUUCUAGAUCAGAGGGCCCAAGGAGGCCCCCAGGUGGGUGUGAAGAGAUCGGUUAGGGGGUCCUUCAUUCUUCCAGGUGAGGGGCAAUGGUGGCCUGUCCUAGGUGGUGCUUGGGGAGGUAGGUAUGGGAACUUCUGGACCCUCAGAUAUGGGAGAGGCUCUGGAAUGAGAAGAGAGAAUUCCCUGCCCCCCCAGCGCCCCCUGUUCUUCUCUACUUUGUCUUGCUCUCUCAGUGGCCUACUAGGACCUACUAAGGGACAGUGAUUGGAACCCAGCUGGCUCACUGCCUGGAGCCCAGGGUUGGACAGCUCUCAUACCUUUCUCUAAGUGCCAAGAACUAGAGGGAGGGAAGCCCAAGGUCACGGGUCUGAGUGACAUAGCUCGUACACGAAAGGUAUGUGUGGAACCAUAGGUCACUUGCAUAUAAAAAGGGGGUCAAAGAGGCUAGAGAGAGAUGGCUCAGACCAGAGAAGCCCCUGGACCUUGCAUGGUCCCUGGAUCGUGUCCUAGAAGACCUUCUCGGUGUCUUUAGAGAGGGCUCUUAUGCCUGGUGAGGUUGCCCAGCUGCUGUGGCUGCUUAAACUCCAAGAAGGAUGGCCCAGAAGAGAAUAUGUCAGUCACCUCCCAUUUAGGCAAGAUCAGACACCCCCGGAACAGGGGAUGGGGUGUAUCUGCCAGCGACCAGGCUGAUGCCGCCACCCAGCAGGGGAUUAGGCUGGGCCUGAGGCGGGGCAACUGAGACACAGCCUCUGUCGGCCAGGACUCAGCCCGCAGGGUUAAUUCUGAGAGGCGGAUCGGCUGCAUCCGCACAGACAGCAAGCUGCACUUUGAUUUCAUUUGAUUCCCUUAUAAAAUGACAUUAAGGGGAGUGUGAGGCCCAGGAGACUCGCCUGUCUGGGAAGGCAGCAAGCUUGAUUCUCCCGGACCUGGUGACCUACCUCUGUCCACCAGACAGGUGCAGAGGACAGGAGCUCUGGCCAUAGGGAAAUGGAGAACCAGAACACAACAUGGAGGCCUGGGGACAGGGCUUUCCUCCCAGCCGGUCCUGACAUGCUGCUGACUUGGGGUCCUAGUCCUGGCCGCUGCUGGGGGACGUGGAUGUCAGCUCCUGGAGGGCCUGGGCCGGUCUUCCCAGUGACUGUGGUGAGCCACAGCGCCACGCUGCUCUGCCUCUCCAAUCGAUGGGACAAUUCAUUUGGCUUCACGGGCUGGAGAAGAUGAAAUAUGAGUGGUGGCCGCUGUUCCUCGGCAUCCCGGUCCAUCCUAGCCAUCCAAGAUGAUGUGCACCCUAUCGAAAGUGCAUCUGAGACUCAUAAUCACAGGAAACAAGGCUGGGCCCCGCCCUCCACAUAAAUCACACUGAGAAGCCUACACAAUGGUCUCUUUCCUGAUGGUCCAAUUGUCUUGGCUUGGUGUCUGAGACCCCAGAGCUGGGAGGAUGGGAGCACAACCAUUUAUUGUUGAAAAGGCCAUCUGUGUGAUUUGAAUACAAAGUGGUCCCUUAAGUUCCCUUCACA